UUCAAUUCCUUUUCAUAUUUACUCCUAUCAUCAGUAUUUACUAUUUAGUACCGUUACUCUUCCCUUCCCUUUCUUCCCAACUUCUUUUUCGAAUUUCAAAUUUAAAACUUUCCAUCAAUACACUACUUUAUAACUCUCUUCAUUCAAACUCAAAUACUUGAAACUGCAAAAAUCCAUUUAAAUUUGACUCUCCAAAAUGGCAAAAUUAAUGGGUACUUCAUCAAAUUGGCUUAAAUCCUUACUUACUCUUAAAAAACCCAACUCAAAUGAUCAUGAGAAAAUGGGAUCAGGGAAAAGUCGCAAAAGAUGGAGACUUUGGAAGAACCCAUCAGUGAAAACAGGACAGUCAGAGCAUUCCGAUCAAAUUUCAAGUUCUGGUAGUGAUGCAAGAAUUAAUGCUGCCAUUGCUGUUGUUAUACGAGCUCCUUCUAAGAAUUUCUUGUUGGUUCGUCAAGAAUGGGCUGCCAUUCGUAUCCAAACUGCAUUUCGUGCCUUCUUGGCGAAACGGGCUUUGAGGGCGUUGAAAUCACUUGUUAAGCUCCAAGCUAUAGUUCGAGGUCGAUUGGUAAGAAAGCAAGCUGCAGUAACUCUAAGAUGUAUGCAGGCACUUGUUAGAGCUCAAGCACAUGUCAAGGCACAUCGAGUAAGGAUGACCUUGGAAGGACGGGAUGAUUCGAGAGCACUCGAAAAUUUCGAAGCUGAUCCUGUUAGGAAAGCAGAGGCCGGCUGGUGUGACAGUAGGGGAAGCGCGGAGGAAAUCAGGACAAAGCUACAAUCAAGGCAAGAAGCAGCCAUGAAAAGAGAGCGAGCAAUCUCAUAUGCAGCCACUAAACAGCAAUUUAGAAGCAGCCCGAAUUUAAACCCUUGCAAGAACAAAUCAUUUACUACUUCUCAGCCUCCAAAACUCGAUAAGGGCGGUGCGUUUGGUUGGAGUUGGUUGGAUCGUUGGAUGGCUAGUAAACCAUGGGAAAGCCGAUUAAUGGAGGAAGUUCGAAGCGAUCUUCCAUUCAUGUCACCACUCUCGAAACUUUCAUCUAAGCAAAACAAGUCAAGAAUCGACUGUGCGAGUGUUGCAUCUGAGCAACUCGGUUUAGAGAAGGUUGCAAGAAACGACUCAUCCGUUAGAAUUGUCAGAAGGCCUAAUUUUGUUGGGCAUAUCGCUCGAUCAUCAUCUGAGUCGAAUUCAAAACUUCUGACCGAAGAAACAUCAACCUCUACCUCUUCAUUGUCAGCUUCUCGGACUCCAUUGUCUAGUAGCACGAGUAGAACAGACGAGAGUGGAAGUAGCAAUCCAAGAUACAUGAACCUUACAGCAUCAAACAAGGCUAAACAACAGAGUUUUCAGAGGCGCCCGCUAAGGGAAAUUCAGAAUCAUCAUAUGUCAUGGACUACAACAAGAUUCAGUGGAGAAGCUCGGAGUGGUGUUGACACAGUUCCAUAUUCGGUUCCUUUAUGUGGUGAUCUUUAUCCACCAUUUCAAGUAGAUAAAAUCGAUUGGAGGUAUCGUUGAAGUCAGUGUUACACAAUUCGCUAGCUAAUUCGUCUUUUGGAUCCUUGAUUCGCCCAAAAUGACUAAAAGUAGCCCAAAACCGGCCAUAACUACUAUACUUUUGUUUUUUGCUCUUCUGAUUCUACUGAAGAGUUCAACAGCUUGUUGUUCUUGGUGAUACUUGGGAAAGUAAGUUAACAUAUGACUUUCUACCCAACACCCAAAGGAACUGAUAGGAUGAGGUUUGAUUUCAUACAAGGAUGUUUUGUGUACAAUGUUACUACAUGCUGGAAUUUUAUGUGAUCAAUAUUUGAUAGGAUAACUUAUUUACUUAAGCAAUGUUUUUGUGAAUUUGUAAUAUGAUUUUUUUUCUAAUUUUUUAAAUGUAAGAGAGUUCUAAAAACAGUGAAAUUGAUAAUUGUAUUUGUAAUCUAUUGGGUUGUCUUUUGUUGAAGGUAAUAUAUUUAUGUUGG